UCAGCAAAAGCCAGCCCUCUCUGAUCACAAUAAUCUUCCCUUUGUAUCGCCUCAAAUGCGCCUUCUUGCUUUACAUGCAUUUGUAUCACUACUUUUUAACCGCUAUAAAUGCACUCUAUGUUUUCUAUAUAGAUUAUCUUCGAUUACCGAUCACAGGGGAAAAAAGUUGAUCCAUAUCAUUCGAUCGUAAUCUAAGGUAUUUUGACUAAUGUUGGGUGGAGCAGGCACCAAAUUUGAAUUAAAGAUCAUAGACAUCGCAAAUGAUUACACACGAGCAAGAUCCUGAUGUUGUCCGGUGGGGUCUUCAGCUUUUUGAUGGUGAUCCAUAUUCAAACUAUGGGUAUGGUGGCAAUGUCACACAAAACAAUGCAGAUUACUCUCACGAUCCAGAUUUCAAAGAACAAUAUGGUAUUGGCUGUAGCAAUGUAGAGAAUGUCGAGUUAAUCGCAUGUGCCCUUCAAGAAGAACUAUCACAACUGUCUGUUGCAGAGGCACCUGGAUCCUCUCAUGAAGGCUUAGAGCAUUUGCAAGCUUCUGGUUACUCACAAGAUUGGCUUGGUCAGCCUAUGGAAAACUAUAGUUAUGGACAUCAUGAUGGCCACGAAAAGGUAGAUGAUAUGGGACCUUCUAGUUCAGGUUCUAGCCCAGGAGUAAACUCAAAUGAUGGGGAAGAAUGGUCAUAUUUACUAGAGGUCACUGACGAGUAUGCUCUUGAUGGUGAAAUGGGCAAAAGGUUGAAUCAGAUGGUUCCUAUUCCCCAUGUCCCUAGAACUAAUGGAGAAAUACCUUCUGUUGAUAAAGCAACUUUAGACCAUCAACGACUAUUGGACAGGUUGCAGUUAUAUCAGUUGGUAGAGUUUAAGGUUAAAGGAGAUGGAAAUUGUCAGUUCCGUUCUCUAUCAGAUCAGUUUUAUCGCACUCCUGUGCACCACAAAUUUGUGAGACAACAAAUUGUAAAUCAGCUUAAUUCUUGCCGAGAUAUUUAUGAGGGAUAUGUCCCCAUGGCUUAUAGUGACUAUUUGAAGAAGAUAUCAAGGGGUGGUGAAUGGGGUGAUCAUGUCACUUUGCAGGCUGCUGCAGAUUUGUAUGGUGUGAAGAUAUUUGUCAUAACAUCAUUUGAGGACACCUGCUACAUUGAGAUUCUUCCAAAUGUACAAAAAUCAAAACGAGUUAUUUUCUUGAGCUUUUGGGCAGAAGUGCACUACAACUCAAUAUAUCCGGAAGGAGAGGUGCCUGCAAUUGAGACCAAGAAGAAGAAAAGGCGGCGGGCUUUUCGACUUAAAUAUUUGGAAUAAUCACCAGAUGAAUAAAAUUGACAGCUCAGUAAGAUUACAAGGACAGAUGCUAUAGUGGGCACAAUUUUCACUUGCUUUUCUCAGAAAUGUUCUGCCAAAAUAAUUGUUCCUAGCUUGACAUUUACUUCUUUUCCUGCAGAAAUCCACUUGUUGGAAUAUUGAUGUUUACAAAAAUAGUUGAUUUCACCGUACUUUUUCCAAUAUGGAUGUUUUUAGAUCUCCUUGAGAUGAUAAAAUUGAAGAUUUUGAACA